AUGCAUUGGAUUUCCAUUGCUGCUCUUGUCAGCGCUUCGCUGUUCCCUGUGGCCAGUGGCAGCCCAUGCCGUCCCCAUUCGACUACUACCUCUGGGAUUUCUACUACUGCUGUUAGUGUUGAAAGCUCGAGCACCACGGCUGUUGAAAAUCCUACUACCGUCACCACGACCACGGCCGACGAUGUGACGACCAAGGCUUCUGAAGCAACCACCACCACGAAUGUCGAGAGCACGACAGCUGAGGAGUUAACUUCAACUACUAAAGCCGAGACAACCUCAACCGUUGAAGCUAGUACUACCGCCGGCGCUGAGACAUCCUCAACUGCUGAGGCUACUACUACCGCUACUGCCCAGACGACGACUGCUGAGGCUACUACUACCACCGCCGAGACAACGACUGCUGAAGCGACUAGCACUACAACCACUGCGGCUGCCGGUCCGACCAACGCCGUCCAGAACGCCGGAUUUGAAGAUGUGCCAAACACGGCCUGGGUUCUACAAGGCACCACCAUCAUGGCCACUGGCCUGGCUCAUACAGGCACCCAUUUCCUGUGA